CGUACCAACAGAUAUGGAGAGGCUGAGAAUAUUUCAGCUCCUUUACUUCGUCUUUGCAAUGUCAAUUAUUGGGCUUAAAGGCGACGACGAGCUCAAUAAUGUGACUGUUUCUAGUGAAGGUAACGCAGCACAAGCGAAUGACCAAGCCAGGGGAGAGCUCAACAGCUCCAACAAUAAGGCCGUGUUUAAUACUAGUAAAGGCAGCUGGUAUUACAAAGGAGGGAGAGGUGGUGGUGGUGGUGGAGGAGGCGGAGGCGGAGGAGGAGGUGGCGGAGGGGGAGGAGGCGGCGGCGGAUGGGGAUGGGGGGGAGGAGGAGGAGGCGGAUGGAAAUGGGGAUGUGGAGGGAGAGGGAGGGGAAGGAGACAUGAGAAGGAGAGAAGGGGGAGGGGAGAGUAUAGGGUGGGGGAAUACGCGGAGUGCAUGGGAAGAACGAGGUGCCGAGGGAUGAGGCUGGACUGUCCGCUCCAUUGCGGCGGACCUUGUUUCUAUGACUGCCUCUAUAUGUGCAAGGCUCAUUGUCGCCGACCAUGAAUCUUCCAUUCUUUUCUCGUGCUUUCUCUCUCUCUCUCUCUAAAUGAUUCGUUUUGUCCGUACUGAAUUAGUGGUUCCUUCUUUAUCAUCUGGUUGGUCGUUGACAUUGAUUAAUGGGUGUGGAUUAGAUGGGGUCCCAGUAGUCUAACCGUUAUUUGCUCGUGUUUAAUUUCUUCGUCAAUAAUGUUGAGAAGAUGAUGGUGGUGGUGGUAAGCGAAGUUCCGCCCGUACGUAUGUAUUUCAUUCAUGCUAGCCAGGUAGCUGGUUAUUAUCACAAAUUUGGGGCAGCCCGAAUGAAUAGUGAUGAUGAGUACGUACAAGGUAGAGCUGGGCGGCGCACUAGCCGGGCGUGGGAGGAGUAUCCGGCAAGAGGAACCGGGAGGCGUGCCCUACCGGCAGCAGCACGUGAGCCCCUCAUCUCAUCACGUCUCUAUCUGCUUGCUUGUCUUUUGCUUCAUUUGAAAAUUGAAAUGCAUGCCUUUACCCAUGCGCUUGCGGAAUCUUCUGGUUUGUCAGUUUCACUUUGUAAUAUUUGAUUUUAAUGGGAUCCAUUUCAACUCGCUUCCCUAUAUUGUUAAUACUUAGCAC